GAAGAAAAAGACGCGUCCCCAGAAGUCCUUCCGGGUGUCCGGCCCGCUCUCGCGCCGCCUCCCGCGCCUGCACCGGAAGUGAUUCCUCCGAAACAAGCCCUACUUCCGGUUGGGUCGCCGCCGCCGCCGCCGCCGCCAGCUGCGCUCGGGUGUGUGAGGCGAUUGUGACCAUGGCUGCUGAAUCUGAUGUUCUGCACUUCCGAUUUGAACAGCAAGGCGAUGUCGUCUUGCAGAAAAUGAACCUCUUGAGACAGCAGAACUUAUUCUGUGACGUGUCAAUUUAUAUUAAUGACACCGAGUUCCAGGGGCACAAGGUGAUUUUAGCUGCUUGCUCGACUUUUAUGAGAGAUCAGUUCUUACUAACACAGUCAAAACAUGUCAGAAUCACCAUCUUACAGAGUGCAGAAGUUGGCAGGAAAUUGCUGCUCUCUUGCUAUACAGGAGCACUUGAAGUUAAGAGGAAAGAGCUUUUGAAAUAUUUGACUGCUGCUAGUUACCUUCAGAUGGUUCACAUUGUGGAAAAGUGUACGGAAGCAUUAUCCAAGUAUUUGGAAAUUGAUCUUUCUAUGAAAAACAGCAAUCAGCAUUCUGACCUUUGUCAGUCCUCCGAUCUAGAUGUUAAGAAAGAAGACAGUUCGGAUAAAGACUGUGAGAUCAUUGAAAUCUCAGAAGAUAGUCCCGAAAACAUAGAUUUCCACAUUAAAGAGGAGGAAAGCAGUGCUUUGCAGUCUACAAUCGAAAGCUUGACACCAGAGAGGAAGGAAAUAAAGUCACCAGACUUGUCAUCAAUUGAUAUAGGCUUUAAAGACAAUGAAAUUUGUAUCCUCCACGUGGAGUCCAUCGGUACGCCUGGCGUAGAGAACGAGCCAUUUUCACAACCUUGUACGUCUUCAAAAGCAAGCAUGUAUUUUUCAGAAACACAGCAUUCAUUGAUCAAUUCAACAGUUGAGAGCAGGGCGACAGAAGUUCCUGGGACAUAUGGCCAGGGAUUAUUUUGUGAAAAUACUGAAGUAAGUCAUGGCGCAGUGAACGAGAUUCAGAAUCUCGGUGAUGCCUAUUCACUGAGACAUCAGUGCCCCAGGUGUCCUCGGGGAUUUCUUCAUGUUGAAAAUUAUCUGCGUCAUCUUAAGAUGCAUAAACUAUUCUUGUGUUUGCAGUGUGGGAAAACAUUUACACAAAAGAAAAAUCUCAACCGGCACAUUCGUGGGCACAUGGGUAUACGGCCCUUUCAGUGUACAGUGUGCUUAAAGACAUUUACGGCUAAAAGUACACUUCAGGACCACUUGAACAUACACAGUGGAGAUCGGCCAUACAAAUGCCACUGUUGUGACAUGGAUUUCAAGCACAAGUCUGCCCUCAAAAAACACCUAACCUCUGUCCAUGGUAGAAGCAGUGGGGAGAAACUGCCAAGGCAUGAUCUCCAAACUCAAAACCUACUAUAGUUAGAAUCAUACUUUGCCUUGUAAGCCUUAUCCCUGUUAGACAAAUCUUUCUGAAGAAAUGCCGCAUUUGUAAUAUUGCAUUCCCUCCCCCUGAAUUGUUGGGUCUUGUUAUUGGUCUGCCUACAUGUUAUUCUUUCUGAUCUUUAUCAGUUCUAAAGUUGUGGAAACAAUAGUGAAGCUGAUGGGAUUGGAUUCUAUCUGACUCAUACAUUAUCUGUAAAUCUCAGUGUUAUACCUCGAAUAGUGUUCCUGUCCUAAAUCUUGAUUCUGAUGACAAGAUCAAGGAUUUUCAUCUUCUGAAAUUUUCCCCCAGCAAUUUUUUUCUUUUUGCUUUGUGUGGCAUGAUUUUUUUUUUAAAUAUUGAAUCACAGUGAGAAACAGUUAUAUAGCUGUACAUGAUGGGUUUCAGUCAUUCAAUGGUCCAGCUCCUAUCCCUCCAGUGUACAUUUUCUACCACUAAUAUGCCUAGUUUCCCUCCCAGAACCUCACCACCCCACCCCACCACCAGCCUGCCUCUAUGGCAGGCAUUUUUCUCUCUCUUCUUUUGUGCAUUAUAGUUUGCAAUACAGAUGAUAAGAGGUCACAGUGUUUGUUCAGGGAUUCAAAUUUUUACUGGGAAGAUACCGUUGGAGUAGCUUUUUUUAACUGGGUGACAACUUUCAGGUGUGGACAUGACUCUGGAGGCUUCCAGAAGUACAGGGAGGUUGGGGGAGGUAGCCUAUCCCAAUUUGGAGAAAGCCUAAUGAUAUCAGUCACAAAAUCCGCAUAUCCAGAUUUUCAGCAGGUUACUUUUUCGGUGAGGUGAAGUCUGUCUUGAGAUCGUGGAGACGGCUGGGGACAUGGUGGCAAUUUUGGAUUGCGGGAGCAGUGGCUGCUAGUGUUUCUGUUUGGGCGGGUACCGUGCUAACCCAUCCCACUCUGAUGUGCCCCUGAUUAUUUAGCUGUGUGCAGGUCUGAGAGAUUUACAAUGUAUUUUUGAUCUCUGUCGAGAUUUAUGAGUCUGGAGCAAGGCUGACAAAUGAGCUUGUAUGGUGGCGCCAAGGUGGUUUGUGGGCAUGGCUCCCACAUACCUGAUUUUUGGUGGUUUACUUUCUCAGUAAACUUGGUCCCGAUUGGAGUCCAGCUGGGGUAGCAGUGACUUUGUGGCAUCAGGAAGCUCGAAGGCACCAUCACACUGCUGGUGGGUCCAGAUUCACCUGCUGGUGGCAAUGUGCCCUCUGGGCUGCAGUGGUGAUGGCAGCCCUGCUGGGACCAGGACCUGGGCCAGGGCAGCUACUGUGCAGCGUAGGCACUCCGGGCAGGCUGCCACCACCAGUUCAGUAGAACCUGACCAGAGGCACACUCCCCUGUUCUCAUGUCCAGUCUCCAGGCAGUUGGCACUCAGGGAGAUUUUCCUCCAAAAUAUACUGUGGCGGCAACGGCAGUGCAGGCUGAACCGGGGGACCAGUGGUGGCGGGGACACCUGAGCCAGCCCCCGAUGUCACGGACCCAGGGCGCCCCCUCAACUCAGCUGUGCUCCAUGGUGAUACCAGAAAAGCACUCUUCUUUCACACCGAAAUUCUCUGGCCGCGUCAGCCCGCUGCCCAUGGCACUGAGAGCUGCUGUAACCACUUUUGGCGCUCAGGGCCACACUGCUAUCUUCACGGGUCCCACUCUGGGCUGGCCCUCCACAGCAGGCGCCUGGUUCGUUUCGAAAGCACUCUUACUGAGCGAGAAUUUUCAGGACAUAUUCAUUCACGCGGAAAUGUGACCCCAGUGGCCCGCUGUGCAGAGCACUGAGGUCUGCCUUCGCUCUGCCAACUUUGGCGCCUGCCACCACACCACUGCCAUCUUCCGAAUCCCCAUGUUCUCAUUCUGAGUCUAGAUCAUUGAUCUGUGUAAUAGGUGUAAAGUUCAACAAUCUAACCUUAAUAGGAUAAUGGAAAGAGAAAAUUUUAAAAUGCUUUUAUACAUGAUUAGUCAAUUUAAGAGCAAACGAUUAGUAAUUUUUUUGGUGAGCUGUAAGCAACUGCUAUUAGAUCAUAUACUUUUUGUUAAAAACUAAGGGAACAUAAUUUAUGUUCAUGUGGAAGUUUCCUCAUAGAUAGGCUAAUGUUCCAAAAAACCAUAUUUCUAUGAGUUAAUAUACACAUAUUAGAUAUAAUUAAUUGCACCCAAAUUCCUUAAUUUUAUUUAAUACAGCUGCUUGUGAUCAUUAUAUGGUCAGUAAAAUUAUACCAUUGGCAUAAAGUUCUGAGAAAUGACUACUUUAGAAAUUAUGACUUUACCAAGUCUAUCAUACCAUUCUUUUUCUUAAAUUUUGUGUUUUGGAUAACAGUAAGAUUGAAUCUGGUCUUGGUGCACAGUUCUAUUAAAGUUAACAUAGAUUUUUUUUUCUUUUUUAUUCACAGCAAUCAAUACAGGACAUUCCGUCAGGCUAAAAACCCUAUAGUAAUAUCUCUUUGUAGUCAGCUUCUAACUCUUAGACCCUGACAAUAGUUCCUCAUUACUUUAGUUUUGUCUUUUCUGGAAUGUCAUAAAAGGAAUUUUAUUGUAUGGCCCCUUUUGAGAUGCUUUAUUCUCCUAGCAUGAUGCCCUUAGGAUUCAUCCAUAUUAUGUCCAUAAAGAGUUCAUUUCCUUGCUUAUUGUGCUUUGACAGUAUGUAUUAAUUUUUUUGCUGUCUCAGACACAGUUUAAACUUGGGUGGUAGAGUGCUUAUCUUGCAUGUAUGAGACUCUGGGUUUCAUCCAUGGCACUGGCCCGCAGAACUUCAGAAAACACAAAUGUGGGUAAUUCUUAGUGUUUUCUUAAAGUUUUUUUUUUUUUUUGAGUGGGGGUGCACACCUGGUGAUAUUCAGGGCUUACUCUGGGCUCUGCACCCAAGAAUCACUCCUAGCAGUGCUCAGGGGACCAUAUGGGAUGCUGGGGAUCAAACCUGGGUCGACUACGUACAAGGCAAGUGCCUUACCCACUGUACUAUCUCUCUGGCCCCUCUUAAUAACUUUUUAAAAUAUAAGUGGAAAAAGUUUAAUUUCCUCCCCGUUAACAAAAAUCUUAGCCACUGUAGAGUUUUUUCCAGUAUUUCUAGAAAUGUGCCAAAAGUAAAACUAUGACUACAUGGCUUUUUUUAUUAGUAGCAUUGCAAAUUGUGUUGUGAGUGAUUGCUCUCUAAUUUCUGUUUACAUAGAAAUGAUAUUAUUUGGGUGUUUUUUUUUGGUGAUAAUGAAAGAAGAUAUCUUUCAGGACAAAUUCUAUUCUCUAAAACAGAAACUACUCUUAGUAACGAAGCUUGACUACAGAUGCGUCUUACUUGCAAGAUAUUCUAUUUCCCUGCUCUCAAAUUUAUGUAGACUGUUGUACUUAGUUUCCAUUGACUGCCUUCCAUAUUUUCAAAUGUAACAUACCUUGUGCCAUUUAUGAGAAUUUUUGUGGUGAAAAUGUGUUAUAAAUAUUAAAUACAGCUUUGUGAUAACUUUUGUGAAAAAUAUAUUCUUCAUAGAAUUUGAACUGUGGGUGGGACUUUAGGGAAAUCUAGCUCAUACUUAAUUUAAAAACAUGACUUCUUAACCCCUGCUUGGUAGUGACAUCAAGCAGAUCACUUCUUAAAUUUAUAUUUGAAAUAAAAUGGUGGGACCCCAGAGAUAGCACAAUGGGCAGAGCCCUUGCUUUUUUAUAGAGGAGACCUGGGUUCAUUACCCGGUACUAUAUGGUACCCGAGUACUACCAGGAGUGACCCCUGAGCACUACUGGAAAUGUGGCCUAGAAGCCAAAAGUAAAGUUAAUUUUGAUGAUUUUGUUAUAUUAUCUCAGGGUCUAAAAUUCUAUAAUGUAUUUAAAACUUGCUGAGUUUCUAAAAACAAGGGGAGCAACAGAGGAAAGUUUUGUGUCUUUAUAAAUGUUGCUAUUGCGUUACUCCACCUGACAAUUUUUCUAAAGUAUAAGUGUCUUCCUUUCACUAGAGGAUAUUAAACAGCUCAGCAUUAAAUUUUCUUUCCCCACUUUUCCUAGAAUCGGUCAUUUGUAGGCAUGAAAGUAUUUCUCAUUCAGGAACAGUUUGUGAUUGAAGUAAUCUUUUUAUUUUUUGCUCCUUAGGAUGAAAGUUUGUAGGAAAGGGUGGAAAUGGGGAGGGGUGUAUAUUAAUAACCUUUUUUUUAGGAAUUGGUAUCUAUUUGAUGUUUUAAAAAAUAUAUAUGGUUAAACUGUUUAAGUUUUACGUGUGCCUUGUCAUAUUCUUGUGAAAAUUUUUGUAAGCACUUUGAGAUUUUGCUUGAGGGGGAGGGGUGUUUUGUGAAAGGGAAGAUUGUUAUUUAUUAUUAUUUAUUCCUCUUUAGUAACACAGAAUGAUCUGAAAACAUUCCUAGGAGGGUGUCUGUUUGCAUGAUGUGUCUAAACAACUUCAGGAAAACAGAAUCUUUUUUUAAAUGCAAGUAUGGCAAAGUGUUGAAAUUAUUCAUUUAGAGUAUUUUAUUUGUAUUUCUGAUACGAUGAGAAAAAUACAGUAUGUUUGAGUUUAGCCUCUUUAUUUAAUGCAUUUAUACGUAAUGUAUCUUGGAAAGUAGUUAUUACUUUGGUGUAAGAGAAAAUUGUUGCCUUUUUAAUUUGGUUGUAAGUAUCCUAAUGUUUACGUAAGAAAUAAACUGGAGAUGAGAAUGGAAAA